GUUUAAGUACUUCAACGACCAGCUUCCUUCAAGAGUCAUGGCUGCCGUCGUCUUCCUCUUGGUUCUCACUGCCUUGUGCUCAUCCACGGAGCUUGCCCAUGCACAAGAUGAAGAUGCUCCCAUAACAAGGCACUACAAAUUCAAUAUAAGAAUGAAGAAUGUCACGAGACUGUGCGUAACAAAGCCUAUAAUCACGGUCAAUGGACAGUAUCCCGGCCCUAGGAUCGUGGCAAGGGAAGGGGACAGAGUUAUUGUGAAGGUGGUGAACCAUGUCCCCAACAAUAUAACCAUUCAUUGGCAUGGGAUCAGGCAGCGGCGGAGUGGGUGGGCAGAUGGACCUGCCUACAUAACGCAGUGCCCAAUUCAAAGAGGGCAGAGCUACACCUACAACUUCACCGUCACAGGGCAGAGGGGAACCCUCUUCUACCACGCCCACAUCUCCUGGAUCAGAGCCACCGUCCAUGGCCCCAUCGUCAUCCUCCCCAAGCGUGGCGUCCCUUACCCCUUCCCCAAGCCCCACAAGGAAGUUCCCAUUCUGUUUGGUGAAUGGUGGAACAAGGACGCUGAAGCUGUUAUUAGUCGAGCUCUGCGAACAGGCGGGGGCCCCAAUGUCUCAGAUUCAUACACCAUCAAUGGUUUGCCAGGACUCUUGUACAAUUGCUCUUCCAAAGAUACCUUCAAGCUAAGAGUGAGCCCCGGAAAAACAUAUUUGCUGCGCUUAAUCAACGCUGCUCUCAAUGAUGAACUCUUCUUUAGCAUCGCAAACCACACUCUCACUGUGGUAGAAGCUGAUGCCGUCUAUGUGAAGCCCUUCCAGACAGAUGUGCUGCUUAUAACUCCUGGUCAGACCACCAACGUUCUCCUCCAAGCCAAGCCUUAUAGCCCCAACACCACCUUCCUCAUGGCAGCUAGGCCUUAUGUCACAGGCCUGGGAACCUUUGAUAACUCCACCACAGUCGGCAUCCUUCAAUACAAGACCAAGCAAGGCCAAUCCAACAGCACUUCCCUGUUCAACGACCUCCCACUCAUAAUGCCCACUCUUCCUGCUCUAAAUGACACUAAUUUUGCUGCAAACUUCAGCAGCAAUUUCAGAAGCUUGGCGAAUUCACAGUUCCCUGCAAACGUUCCCCGCGUAGUUGAUAGGCGCUUCUUCUUCACUGUGGGCCUUGGUAGCUCCCCUUGCCCUAAGAACCAAACAUGUCAAGGACCAAACGGGACUAAGUUCUCAGCCAGCGUGAACAAUGUCUCCUUUGCUCUUCCUGCAACCGCACUGCUCCAAGCCCACUUCUCCAGCCAGUCCGCUGGAGUCUAUACAGCUGAUUUUCCUAGCACGCCUCUCAUUCCUUUCAAUUAUACCGGGACUCCGCCUAACAAUACCAAGGUCAUCAAUGGCACCAAGGUGGUGGUACUGAGAUUCAACACCAGUGUCGAGUUGGUGAUGCAAGACACCAGCGUUCUCGGUGCAGAGGCUCAUCCCCUUCAUCUGCACGGCUUCAAUUUCUUUGUGGUGGGACAAGGUUUUGGCAACUAUGAUCCCAUCAAAGACCCGGCAAAUUUCAAUUUGGCCGACCCUGUGGAGAGGAACACAGUCUCUGUUCCAAGUGGGGGUUGGGUUGCAGUCAGGUUUCUUGCAGAUAAUCCAGGAGUAUGGUUCAUGCAUUGUCACUUUGAGGUACAUUUGAGCUGGGGCUUGAAGAUGGCCUGGGUGGUGUUGGAUGGACCUCUACCUAAUCAGAGGCUCCCUCCUCCACCGUUGGAUCUGCCCAAGUGUUGAUCUGCCUGACCGAUCCUGACCCGUCAUUUUUUUUGUGCUCCUUUUUGCCUUUCAUUGUUGUAUUUUCAUUUCUUUUCUUCAAUUUUUCAUUGUUCUUGCUUUUUUUUUUUCUCUUUUUAAGUUUUUCUCACCCACAUUUUUCACUACCUUGAUGAAAAGCUCUUGAAGUGCCUUUCAAGGCUCUGCCCAUCUUGUGACGCCCUUUUUUCCUUGACAUAAUGGAAAUAAAUCAUCUGUUUUCUUGUUU